AUGUCAACCAAGCUGUCUGAGAAACCUAUCAGGAUAGCAGUGCUGGGGGGAUCCUGCACAGGUAAAACAGCGUUUAUUUCAAGGUUGACCAUUGACAUAGUUCAUGAAGUACAUUAUCCAACGAGGGAACAAACAAAUUGGCUAUUUACAUAUAACCCACAUGAUCCUGUUGCCCGAGCGAUUCUAGAUGAACGAGCACAUGAGCGAUGUUACUAUAACAAUAACAAUUCUAUAGAAGAGGCAGUUUUUAAAACCCCGAAUAUUAAAGAUGAUGUAUUACUGUCUCCUUUGAUAUACCAGAGUUUUAUAGAAGAUUAUCAUCACAUUAGGAGUUCUGUGGAGAGUGGGCAGCGAUCUUUUGACCAAAAGUUGCUUUUAAAAUCAGAUAAUCCGUACUACCAAUAUGUCCCGAAGUCAGACGACACCACUCGUAAACGUGCCAACCGAAGAGCAUCAAUAGGCUUUCAUAUGACAGAUAUAUCGCUGAAGCAUGAAAAUAAACAAGUAUUACCAUCAGUUUAUGAGCCACCUAGAUAUACAGAUAUUUUAAUUGAUAUUAUAGAUACACCGGGUUUCAAUCCAGACAUGAUAGUUCCGUUUUUAGAAGUGUCCCUAUUCAGCAACCUAGAUAAAUCAGUUCUCAGAGGUUUAGCAGACCAGCCAAGAACACCGGUUUCCACUCAAUCCAUGUUAGUUGCAUCAGGCGCGUCUGAAUUAAAUGGUAUGAUUGAUGGUUAUAUAAUAGUCUACAGCGCAAUUCCCGAAUUGAACCAUCCAGACCCUCCAGAUUAUGGCAGUUCAUCUUCUGCCCAUCACGACCAGAAUAAAUCUAUAGGGAAAACCCCCUCACCGCUUUAUAACGAGGAGAAACUUAAAAGUACACUUAUUAAAAAUGAUCUUACCACUGAUAGCUCAGAUGGCGGCUUUUCAUUAUUACAUGCUAUCAGAAGUUGUUUUCUUGAUGCAUGGACUGAAUUUCGCAAUUAUCAAAGGAGAUGGAUUCAACGGAACGAAAGUGAUGCUUAUUCACUUAACUAUAUUUUUAAGCAUUCCUGGAAAUCGGAGCAAGAUUAUAAUCAGAAAAUAAAGGCCUUAAGUUUAUUCAAUGCUCCAGUUGAUCAAAUCGAUUUAAACCCAGAAUCCCCAGACUCUCCUCCGCCAAUACUUAUCGUUUGCACCCACAUAAUGGACCCUUUGCAUUCACCUAUGUUGGUUGACUGGGGCAAAAAGUUAGCUGUUGAAUGGAAUUGUGGGUUUGUUGCCUUGGAUAGUAUGGUAGACGUUAAUGUUGAUAUAGCCAUGUCUUGCAUGAUAAGGGACAUCGUAGAGAAAGAAAAGUUAUCAAAAAAGCAUAGUACGAAGAAGAAGAGCGUAUUACAAAAGAUAAUCAAGGGAUAA